ACAGUAACGGCUCAUACAGAAACAAAACCGUCUAGCAACAUCAGUCUAUGAAAUUCUGCUCACAUUGGCUUCUGUUUAAGGUUUCUCUUCCUUAUUGUUAUUUGAAGACUUACACGAGAAGAUGGGAGUGCCUAAAUUUUAUCGAUGGAUAUCGGAGCGGUAUCCGUGUCUGAGUGAAGUUGUCAAAGAGCAUCAGAUCCCAGAGUUUGACAACCUAUAUUUAGAUAUGAAUGGGAUCAUCCACCAGUGUUCCCACCCCAAUGAUGAGGACGUACACUUCCGUAUUUCUGAAGAGAAGAUAUUUGCUGAUAUUUUUCACUACCUGGAGGUGCUCUUUCGCAUCAUUAAGCCCAGGAAAGUGUUCUUCAUGGCUGUCGAUGGGGUUGCACCCAGGGCCAAGAUGAACCAGCAACGUGGAAGAAGAUUCAGGUCAGCAAAAGAAGCUGAGGAGAAAAUCAAGAAGGCCUUGGAGAAGGGUGAAGUUUUGCCCACAGAGGCCAGAUUUGACUCUAACUGCAUCACCCCUGGAACGGAUUUCAUGGCCAGGCUACAGGAACAGCUUAAAUAUUUUGUUCACAAUAAACUGUCCACAGACAAAGCAUGGCAGGGAGUGAAUGUGUAUUUGUCUGGUCAUGAGACCCCUGGUGAAGGAGAGCACAAGAUCAUGGAGUUUAUCCGUUCUGAGACCACCAAACUGGGUCAUACCCCAAACACAAGACACUGCCUUUAUGGUCUGGAUGCCGACCUAAUAAUGCUUGGCUUGACCAGCCAUGAGCCUAAUUUUUCUCUCCUCAGAGAGGAGGUUCGUUUCGGAGGCAAAAAGUCACAGAAGAGGAUAACAGCUCCUGAGGAGACGACCUUUCACCUGCUUCACCUCUCCCUUAUGAGGGAAUACAUCGACUAUGAGUUUUCAGAGCUCAGGAAUAAGAUCUCGUUCGAGUACGACCUGGAGCGGAUCAUAGACGACUGGGUUCUGAUGGGUUUCCUGGUGGGGAAUGACUUCAUCCCUCAUCUUCCUCACCUGCACAUCAAUCACGAUGCACUGCCACUGCUCUAUCGAACUUACAUCAGCGUGCUGCCCAGUCUGGGGGGCUACUUGAAUGAAAAUGGUCAUCUCAACCUUGCCCACUUUGAGAAGUACCUUGAGAAGUUGUCAGAUUUUGACCGGGAGCACUUCAGCGAGGUGUUUGUAGAUCUGAAGUGGUUUGAGAGUAAGGUGGGGAACAAAUACCUGAACGAAGCAGCUGGGCUGGCAGCUGAGGAGGCUGGUGCCAAAGACAUGAAGAAGAGUAAGUCUUCGGACGACUCUCUGUGUCUCGCCGCUCUUGAUGGAGUCAGGGACUCUCACAUUACUCCAGGAAGAGAAGGUGCAGGGGAGGACGGUGAGGAUGAUGACAUGUUUGAAACCGAGUUUCGACAGUAUAAGCGCACCUACUACAUGACCAAGAUGGGCGUUGAAGUCGUCUCCGAUGAGUUUUUGGCCAAUCAGGCUAGAUGUUACGUGGAAGGGAUCCAGUGGAUCUUGCAUUACUACUACCAUGGAGUUCAGUCUUGGAGCUGGUAUUAUCCGCACCACUAUGCCCCCUUCCUUUCUGAUGUGAGAAACGUGUCUAGUCUCACGUUGACAUUUGAUCUGGGCAAACCCUUCAUGCCGUUCGAGCAGCUUUUGGGCGUCCUGCCUUCAGCCAGCAAAGACCUUCUUCCACGGUGUUACCAGCAUCUGAUGACGUCACCGGGCUCACCCAUUGUUGAGUGUUACCCACAAGACUUCAAAACGGACCUGAACGGCAAGCAGCAGGAGUGGGAAGCCGUUGUGCUCAUCCCGUUUAUCGACGAGAAAUGCUUGUUAGCUGCUAUGGAGCCCUACACUCAUAAACUGGCUCCGUCAGAGAAGGCUAGGAACAGACAUACCGAGUGUGCCAUCAACUGCUUUGAUAAAGAGCUGGACUAUGCCUACAACUCCCCCCUCCCCCAACUCUUCCCCAACAUCGUCCACUGCCAUGUCAGGCAAACGCCGAUCCCAAUGGAUGCCUGGCGUGUAUCACUGGAUCAUGUAGCGCGUAGGAUUGACAGAGGAGCUCUUUAUUUCUGUGGCUUCCCCACCUUACAGCACAUCCGUCAUAAAUUUUAUAAGAAGAAAAGUGGAGUGAUGGUGUUUCAACAAAGCAGCAGAGGGGAGAACAUGAUACUGGAGAUUUUAGCCAGCCAGGAAAUGGAACAGGUGGAAGAUGUUGCAACGCUGGUUCUCGGAAAGACUUUGUUCGUGAACUGGCCCCAUUUGAUGGAAGCUCGAGUUGUAGCUGUUUCAGAUGGAGAAACGAAGUUUUCUUUAGACGAACCAUCAGGAUCACAGAUGUUGUAUCUGGGUAACACUCCACCGCCUGCUAAAGUCACCCAUCUGACUGAUAAAGAGCAGAAGGAGUGGGUCAAAGAAGUGCAAGGCCUCUCAGAGCACUUUAGCAAGCGCAAAGGCACUGUGAUCAAUGAGACGGAUGUGGUGGUAUACGCCCAGCUGCUGACAGGCAGGAAGUAUGUCAUUGGUCAAAACGGAAAUGUCCAUUUGGAAAAGCAGUUUGCCAAACAGGUCCUGCCCUAUCCCUACCAGACCAUUGUGAAGGAUAUCAAAGCCUUUGAUUCAUCAUUGGCACGCUUCAAGACACUGGAGGAGCUGUUUCCCCCAGGAACCGUUGUCUUUAUGGUUGCAAACCCAUAUUACGGCGCAAUGGGAGAUGUGCAAGACUCUAGUGAUGUCAUCAAUGAGGGACGGGUUAGAGUGGUCUUCUCCGUACCGUGUGAACCUCAACUUGAUGCCUUAAUACAGAGCCAGCAUAAAUACUCUGUGAAGUACUGUCCUGGGUAUGUGCUCGCCUCCCGCCUUGGUAUCACCAGCUACCUCGUCUCAAGGUUCUCCGGUAGCAUCUUCAUCGGAAGAGGAUCCAAGAAAAAUCCUCAUGGAGAGCAGAAAGCCAAUGUGGGCCUUAAUCUCAAGUUCAACAAGAAGAAUGAAGAAGUUCCUGGCUACACCAAGAGAACAGAGAAAGAGUGGCUCUACUCUGCUGCUGUAGAGGACCUUUUAGCUGAAUACUUAGAGAGAUUUUCAGAGCUCUUUGACUUUGUCGCUCGAAACAGUCACGAUGACGUCUUUUACGAAGAUGACAUCUGGCCAGGAGAAGAUGAGAAUGGCGCUGAAAAGGUCCAGGAGAUCCAGGGCUGGUUGAAAAACCAUCCAGUCAGUUCCUCCUCCCGAGCUUCAUGUGAUCUCCAGAUCCUGGACGCUGGCAUUGUGGAGAAGAUUGAAGAGGAGCUGGAGAAAACAAAGGCAAAGAAGAUGAACAAGAAAGUACGAGUCACUGUAAAGCCCCACCUGCUUUUCAGGGUAUUGGUAGUGAAUGUGAUUGUUAGACAGUGUUUUAUACGCAUCUGGUGUGUGUGCAGGUGCUCUCCUGGGCGUGGCUAUCGACUGCCCCCCAGUGCCUUAAUCAACCUGAGCCAUGGCAGCAGAGGCAACAGAAACUCGCCUCACAAAGCCCUCAACCAGAAAAACCAACACAAGGGCUCUAGUAAUGAGAGAGAGUUCAGUAAUGUAUGGCAGACUCUUCAGAGUUCAGGAAUGCCCCAGAAACCACCAGCUCACUGGCAAAUUAAUGCUGGAAAAAGCAGUGGACUGAUGCCACAUCAGCACCAGCUGGAGGGAAAAAGUAAACAAAGCCAAGGCAACGACCCAUCCAACAAACUUGCCUCAGGUGGCAAUAUUAGACUUCUGAAGAGAAAUGAGGAUGUGACUAUGGCUCUCGUACAAGGGCCUUCAAACAAGGCAUCUACAGAAUUUGAGGAGCUUAUAGCCAAUCUGAAGAUCUCAAAGGAUCCUGAGCCUGCCCAGAAUCAUCCACCUACAGAGCCCAAGGACCAAUCAGGAGAGCCUCUUUCCCCACAGUCCUUUGCCAUGAAGGGCACUCUGGUAUUGAAAGAAAUGUUGAAGAUUGACAGCUCUGGACCAAGUUCCUCUGCCCCUGAUUUCACUGGUGGCCAGGAUUCAGCAAACCCCAAUGCCCAACAGCAGAGCAGGAGACGCUCCAGCAAAAAACUAGCUGCUCGGAUAAAUACUCCUCAGACUGAUGCGCCAGCAGCAGCUCCUCCUCCUCCUCCUCCUCCUCCAGCUGGCCAGCCACCCCUCCUCCCCAGCAUGGCCACUGAACUCGGGCGGAUAUGCAUGGGGCUUGGGAUGGGACCUCCAGAGUUCGCCUUCCUCCGCAACAGACAGAGUCUCACAGUGUGUCAGGUGAAGUUGUCUAAUGGCCUGCUGAUUCACGGUCCUCAGUGUCAAUCUGAAACUGAAGCUAAAGAGAAAGCUGCUCUCUUUGCCCUUCAACGAUUGAACUCAUUGGGUUCGUUCCCACUGCCUCCUCCCAUAUUCCCCGGAGUCCAGCAGAUGAGGCCACUUGCGCCUCAUCCCUCCAUGUUUGGUCAGCCAGCAGGUGGUCUUCUGAUGCCGCCACAUGGCUACAGACCUCUUCACUGGGGGAUGCGGUUUCCCCACCAGGGCCAGCCGUUCUAUGGAGGAACUUUCCCUGGAGCACGGGCCCCUGUGCCAUCAGCGGCCAGCGGAUCCCACAACCAGUUUGUUCCCCUACAGGUGACCAAGAAGCGAGUUUCAGGCAGAACCAAGAACCAAGAGGCAAAGCAAAUGUCAGGAAGCUCUGCCUAUGCUGGUCAGACCUCAGGCGGUGGACCGGCUGCUGCUGCUUCUGCCCCAGUUCCCGCAUCAGCCCCCAAGACCCCCCCACCCAUUAGCACCCAUGAGCCUGCAGAUAAGCCCACCACACCCAAGACGCCCAGGCAGAACACCAAUCCUCACACGCCCGGCUCAGCCUCCAAGAGGAAACACCGGAAACUGGCGGUCAACUUCGAGGCUGCUAAAGUGACAGACUGAAAUCAUUUUCUCACACUAUUCAUCUCUCUCAAAGGAGAACACUGGCAUUUCAUAGUAAGAAACAAGAUGCAGUUGUCCGUCUUCAUGAUUCGAUCGUUUGGUGAGACAAUGUAUUUGUCACUGGCAUCGAAUUAGUUUUGUAUUCGUUUUAGUUGCCAUGUUUUGAGUGAAGGUAGUGCUGGAAAACAUUUUUAUUGAUAACUGCACCAAAAUGAUCAUAGAAUCAUGAAAUGGGUUUUACAUUUACCUCAGUGUUUUCCUUUCUUUUUUUUUUGACCCAAAUCAGACCUUUAAGCUUUUAUCAUGUUCACUGGUUAUUUUGUGAUGCUGGAUUUUAAUAUUCAGAGUGCAAUAAUUAGUUUUGUAGACAGGACGUUAUGCACAAGGAAGUGAUACGAUGUGGCACAAGCUGCUGCAAUACAACAUCUGUACUCACAUUUCAUUUUUUCUUUAUUGCACAGUUGCAGUCCAGCACUGAAGGAUAGAGAUACUAUUAUUGCACGGUGUUACUCGGAAGGCAGUAAAGCUGUCGGACUGAACCCUUGGAUCUAGUUUCAGAGGUUCAAAUUAAGACCAGUUCUAUGCUCAAAUAUUUGUUGGAAGCAUUCUAUGGAAUAUUCCAUAGACCUAAAGCAGGUGUUAAAACCAGCUCAUUAUGUUCACCAAGCCAGGAAGCACACUGAUUUAAGCAAAUGUAAUCUCUGUGGAUUUAUUGUG